AUUGAUCUGUAAUAUUGAAUAUUUAAUAAAUUAGACACGUCCAUUUUAUUUUUAUCAUUACAAACAUCAAAAUGGAAUACAACUCGAGACCUAACUGUAAAUGAUGUUGCUAGUUACAACCUACAAGGAGACUCACCGCUCGUUAUAGUACUUCAAGGAAGAUUACAUUACACUCACUCAUAAUGGAGUAGUAGUACCAAAUAGUAGGUGACUGUAGCCGUAUCUAUUACCUCGUGAGUUGUAAUGGCAGCGUAAUUUUAUAAUUAGACAACAAAGUAAAUGUACAACUGCACACUAAUUAAUCGUGCUUAAUUAACUUGCAGGAACAUAUUCCCCCAGUAAUGGGACAGUUAGUGUUGUACAAGUGGUUGAAUGUAUAUGGUUUUUUUAUGUACAUGUAGAGUAAUUGGGUAACAAAAGCCUCCACUUAUGAACGAACCCCAUAAACAAAGCCGUUUUCGAGCCGUCUGAAUAUGUAUAUCCAUAGCUAGAGUAGCAAACAGAAAACAAAAUAAAUAGCUCCCUGUUAAAGCUGCUCUCUGUUCUUUAGCACAAGACCCUCAGAAUCCUUCAGAAAUCUGUUGCCUGUUCCACUUAGCGCAACACAGAUUCUCUCUCUCUCUGAGAGUACUACUGCCAAUCUUCCAUAUAAACCCCACCACAUGCUUCCAUAAACCCCACAACAUCUCUCUUUUCACUUCAUUAAAACUUAAUAGCAAAUCUCUUUGUCCUCCUUCUUCUUAACAGAAGCAAAAAUGCCUUCCGAUGUUAAUGAGCGAAGAGUUACCAAGCAACAGCAAGGAGGUGCACCGGCUCCAGAGCCUGAGCAUCUUCCUUGUCCACGUUGUGAUUCCAUCAACACCAAAUUCUGUUACUACAACAACUACAAUUUCUCUCAGCCACGUCACUUCUGCAAAGCUUGCCGCCGUUACUGGACACACGGCGGAACUCUUCGUGACAUCCCUAUUGGGGGAGGAAGUCGCAAAAAUGCCAAGCGGUCACGUACGAUCACAACUAACAGCAGUUUGUCCUCCACGCUCUCUCCUCGAGAUUACCAACACGCGUCUAACCCGUCGGCUUUCUUGGUUCCUUUAACUGCCGAUCAUGGGGGUUCACUACCCUUCGACGUGAAGCCGAAUGUGAACAUGUGUGGGAGUUUCACUUCGUUGUUGAGCAGUGCUCAAGGGCCUGGUGGGCUUUUAGCACUUGGUGGAUUUGGGCUUGGAGUUGGCGUUGGGUCUGGAAUUGAAGAUAUGGGCUUUGGUCUUGGCAGGCCCAUUUGGCCGUUUCCUGGAGUUUCACAUAGCAAUGUUGAAAACAACAGCGCUAAUGGCACUGGAGCCAGUAUGUUGGGAAGCACGUGGCAGCUUGCUAGUGGAGGAGAGGGUGGCUUCGUUGGCGCAACAGCAGGGGAAAUUUUUAAUUUCCCUGAUCUUGCUAUUUCUACCCAUGGAAAUCGGAUGAAAUGAUUGCUUAGGGGAGUUACUGGAUUUUGUAACUUUAGGGGUACUUGUGUUUUUCUCUCUCUCUCUUUUUUUUUUUUUUUUUUUUUUAUAGUUUAUAUGAUCUUAAUUAGCUAUUUGAAAGAAAAAUGCCAAAUCCUAGAAAAAUCAAAACUUUUGUAUAUUUUUGGCAUAUGAAAGUGUUGGUCUUAGAUUUAGGACUGCAGUUCCCUCGAUCAUCAGUUGUGAUUUGAUGGAGAAAGCCUUUGGAAUGGUUGUACUUUGUUUGUUGCUACAAAAGUGUCCCUCUUGACUUCUCUGCC